CAUUUACCCGCGCUUUUGACAGAUAUUGCUUGUUGGCGGGACUGUCAAGGAAAAGAAAGGAUUUCUUUCAGCCAACUUCAAGAAUAGACCACCAUGGAGUUCGGCAGGAGGAGGAAAGCGAUUGGUCCUUCUCAGUCCGAGUAUGGGCACUGUCUGCAGCUGUACGGGGUGCCUCCCACCGAAAACAUCUCGCUCGCCGAGUUCGAGACGUUCGCGGUGGAACGGGUCAAACUUCUGAAGACGGUGGAGACUCUGGGUGUGAGCUACGUGAAGGGCUCGGAGGACUACUACAGAAAGCUCAGCGCUGAGAUUUCCAACCUCAACUUCCCGUACAAGUUAGAGGCUUCUGCUCAGGAUGACCGGAAGCAGCAGACGGGCCCCACUGAGUGCGAGAAGCGGAGGAAGGACCACAUCUCCCACUUCAUCCUCCGCCUGGCCUACUGCCAAACGGAGGACCUGAGGCGCUGGUUCAUACAGCAGGAGAUGGACCUUUUCCGCCACCGUUUCGCCGAUCUGCCUUCCAGACACAAGACCGAGUUUCUGCACCAGAAUGACCUGCGCUAUGACACGAUCACUGACAAGGAGAAGGAGGCCCUGAUGGAGAAGCUGGUCCAGUCCACGUACACGCUGAGCGGGGCAGCGGUGGUGGAGCAGGACAUCUACAAGGUCCCGUUCCAGGACGCUCUGGAUUUGGUGAGGACGAGGAAGGUCUUCCUCAUGGCGGGCUACGCCUACAUCGCCCACCAGGACAUCGUCACCAUCGUCCUCAACGAUUUCCGCACGCGGCUCUCCAAGGCCCUCGCCCUGACGGCGAGGUCCCUGCCUGUGGUGCAGUCUGACGAACGUCUCCAGCCCCUGCUCAGCCACCUCAGCCACGCCUACGUGGGCCAGGACUACAGCGUCCAGAAGAACGUCGGGAAGAUCUCCUUGGAGCAGAUCGAUCCGCUGUCGUUGAAGGCGUUCCCCCUGUGCAUGCGGCAGCUGCACGGGACCCUGCGGGCGCAGCACCACCUGCGCCACGGCGGGCGCAUGCAGUACGGGCUCUUCCUCAAGGGCAUCGGCCUCACGCUCGACCAGGCCCUGCAGUUCUGGAGGGCCGAAUUCGUCAAGGGCAAGGUGGACGCCGACAAGUUUGACAAAGCGUACGCCUACAGCAUCCGACACAUGUUUGGGAAGGAGGGCAAGCGUACAGACUACACGCCCUACAGCUGCCUCAAGGUGAUCCUGUCCAACGCCCCGAGCCAGGGCGACUUCCACGGCUGCCCCUUCCGGCACAGCGACCCAGACCUGCUCAAGCAGAAGCUCCAGUCCUACAAGGUCUCCCCGGCUGGGAUCGGUCAGAUUCUGGAGCUGGUGAAGGGGAUGCAUUAUCAGCUGGCCUGCCAAAAGUACUUCGAGCUGACGCACAACAUUGAGGAUUCGGGAUUCUCCCUAAAUCAUCCUAACCAGUACUUUGCGGAGAGCCAGAAGCUCCUGGCGGGGGGGAAGGAGGUGAAGAAGGAGGUGGACUCCCCCUCCUCGGCAGGGCAGGGCGCCCCGGCACGCAAACCCCCCGACACGCCGCAGAGCAAACCUGGCAACCCCGUGCAGGCUGUGGCCGAAAUGACGGAGGACCUGGACUCUCUGUUUCAGGAUGACUGACCGAGCACUGGCACCCCCCUCUGAUGACUGACUGACCGAGGACUGGCACCCCCCUCUGAUGACUGACUGACCGAGGACUGGCACCCCCCUCUGAUGACUGACCGAGAACUGUCACCCCCCUCUGACGACUGAAGGAGGACUGGCACCCCCCUCUGAC